UUUUGAACUAAAUUAAUCCUACCAAAACCAUUUAUAGCACCAAUUCAAACAAUAAAUAAAUAAAAUAUCAAACAAUCUUGAUUAAUUUCGAAAUAUAUCAAAAACCCAUUUCAGGAAAUCCAAUGGUGAUCCAAGUUUACCGGUUGUUGCUUCUGGUGAAAAGAUGGAGCCUUUGAGGGUAAUGAUAUCAGGAGCCCCUGCUUCUGGGAAAGGAACUCAAUGUGAACUCAUUACUAAAAAGUAUAAUUUGGUGCACGUUGCAGCAGGAGAUCUUCUCCGGGCUGAAGUUGCUGCAGGGACUGAAAACGGGGAGCGUGCUAAGGAAUUCAUGGAAAUGGGGAAGCUUGUUCCAAUCGAAAUAGUUGCUGCGAUGGUUGAAGAGCGGUUGUCACGGCAAGACUCUCAGGAGCACGGCUGGCUUCUUGAUGGAUAUCCGAGGAGCGAAUCCCAAGCUACCUCUCUCAAGAAAUUCGGUUUCGAUCCUGAUAUCUUCAUUCUUCUCGAAGUGCCAGAAGAGAUCCUCGUUGAAAGAGUUGUCGGCCGCAGACUAGAUCCGGUCACUGGGAAAAUAUACCAUCUCACAUACUCUCCCCCGGAAACGGAAGAAAUCGCUGCAAGACUCACUCAACGCUUCGACGACACUGAAGAAAAGGUUAAACUGCGUUUGCUAACUCACAACAGCAACGUGGAGUCUGUGCUUUCGUUAUACAACGACCAAAUAGUCAAGGUGGACGGAACCCUCCCUAAAGAGGAGGUGUUCUCACACAUUGACCGAGUUUUGACAGAGCUUCUUGCGAUGAAGGAAGCCGCCUUGGGCUCACUGGCUGCAUAACACCGGCUCUCGGGGUAAAUGGAGCAAGAUUCGGGCGAAUGGGAGGUACAUACAUAUAGAGAAAGAUGUUAAAUUUAUAACUAUUGCCUUGAUGAAAAAAUAUCAUGUUGCAUUGCUUUGGGAUGAUUGGGGAGAAUAAAGAACAUAGAUGAAGCUAUUCGAGUUAGUGUCGUUGCUGCAUCUUUCUUUUGAGCACGUGCUGCUCGUUGUCGACUUCUUCAACUCUUCGUUCAUCGAUAUUUAGCAAGCCGAUUAUACGUUCU